UGACGAUAAAAUGAAGAGUGCGACUGAGGUUUAAUAAUACCCUAUCAUCUUCCCUUGUAUCAAAGGUGAUCUGUAACUCGCAAAGAGCAGACUCAGCAGCUUCCACUGAACCUACUCAAUUACACAAUCUCACCAUUUUCAGAGUGGUAGGAUAAGAAAAACUCGGCUUUAAUGGAUUCCCAACCACCACCACCAUCAUCAUCAUCAUCAUCAUCAUCAUCAUCAUCAUCAUCAUCAGAAUCAGAAUCAACAUCACUGGAAACAGCAUCAUCAUCAUUAUCAUCAUCAUCAACAAAUGAUUUAAGUGAAAAACCAUCACAUGAAGUUUUACGACGGUGUUCCUUUGCUGUAGCGUUCUUCAUCAUCUCAAUUUUCUCACUUUCUUAUGCUUUCGGCUUCUUCGCUUUACUCUUCGCCACCUUUUCAAUUCCUCCUUCAAUUUCUGUUCCUUCUCAAUGCAAAAUUCUUUCCAGCAGUGUCGACUUGAGAUCGACAAAAAUUUGUGAACUUGGGCUGCUUAAUUAUAAGGCUAAGCGAGUUUUUUACCCAUCUGAAAGAAGAAAAUUUCGCUGUCGUUACGAUUACUACUGGGCUUCUAUUUUUAAGGUGGAAUAUAGAGACCAUUUCUCAGGUCAGAUUUUGUUUGGUCUAUCAGAAGCUCCUAAAGAGGCUCUUCCGAGUGAUUGCAGACCUAACUUCUCUACAGCGUGGAUGACUAAACAUAUGUUAAAGGCCACAUUUACCGCAAAAGUGGUUUGGCGGUUGACAGCAGGCGUAGCAACCUCAACCACAUCCGAGUUUUGCACUAUGGUGAAUGAAACCUACGAUUGCUGGUAUACCUCUGGAAGAUCAAAAGUUAAGAUAUUUGAGGAUAGUUACUUUGGUUGCCAAGGAAAGGAUCCCACUUGGUCUGAGAUGAUGAGAAGAUACUCGAUACUGUUCACAAAAUUGACAGAGUCCUGGUUAUCUGGUCAGACAAAAUUCAAGUACAUUGGAUUGGGAGCUGUAGUUGGUGUCAUUGGUGGUUUUUUUACAGCCAUAUUUUUGGUUAUUUUGUUUACAUUAUGUGGUAGAUUUUUAAGCACAUUUGCUAGAGCCUCGGCUGCAAUGCUAGCCUCACUAUUUCAUCGGGUGAUAUUUUCCCGGAUGUUUUUCUUGUUAGCGUACUUCUCGCUUGUGGGAUUGUUAGCCAUUCAAUAUAGCAAAAAGCUUGGCCUUUCUGACCUUCUAGAUUACUGAAAGCACACAGCACCUGCGUUGUGCAAGCUUUGAGCAGCCAUUUUUUGCCUUUCCGAAGGAUUAGAGCUCACCGAUGACUAUGCCAGUGUAUAUUAGCUUGUAAUAUAGAAGCCACAUGAUAUGGUAUGUGCCGAGUUUUGUAAUCACCGAGCAAGUACAGUUGAAAGUGUUGUGUUGCUCGCUAUCUGUAAAACGCAAUGUACUAGUCUUGAUACUCAAG